AAAUUUUUUGCAAAUUAGUUCUCUAAGCUACAUUAAGUACUCUUAACUUUCCAGUGAUAAAUAUUAGCUAAGGGUUAAUAUCAGUUAUUAAGAUGAAUAGUUCUACUGCUAAAAGUGAAUACACUGUUUUAGCUACAACCCCCAACUGUACAUUAUAUGUAAAUAACCUGAAUGACCGUGUACCGACUACUGAAUUAGAAAAGAACCUAUUGCAAAAAUUUGGGAAUUUUGGGGAGAUUGUAAAUAUUACUUGUAUGAAAUCUUUCUAUAGACGAGGACAAGCGUGGAUAACAUUCAAAGAUAUAGAAACUGCUUCGAAAGCAUUAACUGCUAUUCAGGGUGUAAAUAUGUUCAAUAAACCUAUCAGAGCUGCUUUUGCUCAUACAACUAGUUAUGGUUCCUCAGUACCAGCAAAAAGAAACAAUGGUAGACCACUAAUACCUAAAGCAGUUCAGUUGAAAUGUGACGGAUACAAGCUAUAUUUAUGCCAAUGGUUAAAACAUGUAAAAUUUAAUGGUACUCUGGCACAUAAUAUAGCUGGUUCACAAGAUAAUGAGAAAAACUCUCCUGCAUCACAAAUAUUGCCUCCGCCAUUACCAUUACCAUUACCAUUACCUCCACCACCACCACCACCACCACCAUUACCACAACUAUCAGUAGCUUCACCAAUACAAACAAAGUGGGAUGCAAGUGCUUUUGGAGGAUCUGCUGAGUCCAGAUUGCGGAGUGGUGUAAAUAAAGCAGCUGUAGUUGCUGCUGCUGCAAAAGCUGCUGCUGCUGCAGUUUCUGCAAAACGGAAGUCUGAUGGUAUUAUUGUCGGCUCACCUCCAGGGCAGUUGCUUAGACUCGAUCAUGAGAAUACUACACUAUGUAAACAAAAUAGCACAGUAUUUGUAGAGGAUAUUCAUGACUCAUGCACAGAAGAGAUGCUUAUGGACAUAUUUAAACUAGAAGAUGGUUUUGUUGAACUACGCUUUAUACCAGUAAGUUAUUAUAACAUAAGGUAAAACAGCCUCUACUCCUAAUUAUUUUUACAUUUUAUUUGUUUAUAGAAUCAUAAUGUUGCCUUUGUAGAUUUUGCUAGUGAAUAUCAUGCUGCAAAAACAAUAACAAAGCUAACUGGCCUUUCUAUACUUUCAAAAGCUAUAAGGCUAUCUUUUUCCAAGAAAAGAACUAGCUUGUCUUGAACAUCACCUCAAAUUACGUCCUGUCUCAUGCCACUACCGUCUUUGCCGACUAGCAAAGUGGGAAGUCACUUUAUUGUAUUAUCUAUUUCCCACUUUCUAAAGUAUUAAAAAGGUGAUUUUGAGGCAACAUGUGUGUACAAUAAUGGAUAUUAAACUAACUGUUCAAUAUUGAAGUGAUAGUUGCCAAUAUUUAUAAAGGGGGGUAUUAAGUGUCGAACUAUAUUGGCGAAGUCUACUAGCCCUCCAAUAUAAAAGUGGCAAGUUACCCCUAUAAAUUUGAAAAGUUUACCUAAACUUAAUUAAGUCCACAUAUUGUCAUGAUGAUAUUCUUAGGACACCUACGGACAUGGCUUAUUGUAGCUAUGCUUGAGUUCAAAGCGGUUAUCCCUGUCUGAACAAUAUUUGGCAUGUUAUGUAAAAGACUAUGACUAUAAUU